AUGGGAUUUGACGUUAAUAGAUUCCAAGGAGAAGUUGAUGAAGAAUUAAUUUGUCCAAUAUGUUCCUGUGUACUUGAAGAUCCUGUUCAGGUGAGUGAUGUGUUGCAGGCAGCAGUAUGUGAGCAUGCAUUUUGUCGUGUCUGCAUAAACGAGUGGAUAGGAAGGCAGCCAACGUGUCCGCUGGACAGGACACCAAUAACACCAGCUCAGCUGAGACCAGUACCACGAAUUCUGAGGAACCUCUUGGCGCGACUGUGUAUCAAUUGCGACAACAUGGUAUACGGGUGUCAGGCAGUAAUAAAGCUGGACAGUUUAGUGACACAUCUUGAAGAAUGCGAGUUCAACCCCAAGAGACCUGUACCCUGUGAACAGGGUUGUAGCCUAAUCGUGCCUAAAGACGAGCUCAAGAACCACAACUGCGUGCGUGAGCUGCGUAGCCUAAUUCAAUCCCAGCAUCAGAAACUCAGCGACAUGAAGCGUGAGUUGAGUGAACAGCAAUUUCAGAUGAACGAGCAGAGACGUGAGAUAAAUUUACUUAAGGAUUUUAUGCGAGCUAUGAGAGUUUCUAAUCCAGCUAUGCGGGCUAUUGCCGACCAAAUGGAGCGAGAUGAAGUUGUCAAAUGGUCUGCUACUCUUCCACGUGCUCGGGUUACUAGAUGGGGUGGUAUGAUAUCUACUCCAGAUGAACUUUUACAGACAAUGAUCAAAAGAACGUUAUCAGAGUACAACUGUCCGCCACAUGUAAUUGACGAGCUGAUGGAAAAUUGUCACGAGCGAAAGUGGCCACCAGGCUUAAGCUCUUUGGAAACGCGACAAAAUUCCAGACGUCAGUACGAGAAUUAUGUCUGCAAGCGGGUGCCGGGUAAACAAGCCGUACUAGUACUUUAUUGUGACAACACGCACAUGCCAGAGGAUAUGAUGGUUGAGCCAGGAUUAGUUAUGAUUUUUGCUCACGGCAUCGAGUAA